UUUUCACUUUAGCAUGGUAUAUCCCAGAAGCUCAGAGCCAAGCGAUCUAUUCGUGUACAUCGCUCACAAUUGACCACAUAGUCAACGAGAACGUCACUCAUAGCUGUCAGUUGACCGAAACCAGCGAUCUAGUGUGAUAAUGGCUGAUGGAAUUAUUAUUAUGCAGAUUUUGCAUCAAUCAAUAUUUAUUCUGCAAAAGUUUUGAAAUGAAACAAGUUGAGAACUGCCGUGAAAGGUAGAUUAAGGGCCUCGCUUUAUCCCUCCCCACUGGUUUGUGCGAGCGAUUUCUCCAUGGCAUCUAUACCGGUGGUCAUAUCGUCGUUCGCCCGCGCGUGGAACCAAAGAUGGUGUUCCUUGGGGUGCUCCCCACGCUGCUAGUCCCUUCCCAGUGUCCAGCUCUUGGCCAGGGGCUCUAUAUCAAUGGCCUCCAUGGAUCAAGAUUAUGAAGAUGAGCUCUUUGAUUUACUUGGAAAAUUUCAGUCUGACCGCUUGGAUGAACAGAGGUGUGAGGCCCCUGCGCUCAAGAUAACAAGGUGGGAAGAAGACAGUGAAAAGAGACAAGGCAACAAUUACAACAUGCCGGAGAACUACAAUUUAAGGAGGUCAAGAGGCAGCAUUGAGCUUGAUCCUAUCAGAGAGGUGUUAGCUAGUGGGGGGCCAUACCCUCUGGUGGUGUUACCAGUGGGCGGGGAGUACUGGCUUGAGGGUAGUAACCAUCAGUAUGCCGUGCAGGAGAAUGGCAUGCCAAGGACACUGACACCUUACUAUGAUACACACCUUAGCUGUGUUAACAGUGAUGAGACAGUGGAAGGCUACAGGAAACACUUUCAGGGCAAAGAACACUUGAAUUUCUUGUGCGACGAUGAGAAACUUGGACCAAUUAUAAUCUCUAUCAAGCAAGAAGUUGAGCGGACAAGUGAAUCAGAUACUCAGGGGUUUAUCCGUGUUAUCAUCAGAACAUGUGAAAAAACAACAGUGGAUCUUCUCCCAAUUGAAAACCUCUCAGAACAGCCCAGUCCGAAGGAUAUUAUCAAGUACAUCCUUGGAGAUGAAGUGGAAACGUUGGAUCAAAUUCAAGUGAUAGCCCAUCCUCAAGCUUCUGAUAUGAUUGUCAAAUAUGAUGAACACAGUGCUUCUCGGGCCUUCAAGUUUGGUAUUAUUUAUCAGAAAUUUGGCCAGAUCUCAGAGGAGGAGUAUUUUUGUAACAAGCACCACAGUCCCGCUAUGGAUGAGUUUCUGCAAAUGCUUGGGCACAGGGUGCGACUCCAAGACUUCAACGGGUAUAAUGGCGGUCUAGACGUGAAGUAUGGGCAAACCGGGGAGUCUUCAGUCCACACUGAGCAUAACAACAAGGAGGUGAUGUUCCACGUGUCCACACUUCUACCAUUCAGCAAUGGUGACACACAACAGGUUCAAAGAAAGCGCCACAUAGGCAACGACAUUGUUUGCAUUGUGUUCCAGGACGAUAACACCCCCUUCUCGCCGACUUCCAUCCGCUCGCACUUUUUACAUGUGUUCAUAGUGGUUCAAGUGGAAGAACCAAACACGUCAAACACUAGAUAUAAGGUUUCAGUAACUGCAAAGGAAGAUGUUCCUAAAUUCGGCCCGAAGAUGCCGAACCCUGCAAUCUUUAGAAAGGGUCCGGAGUUCCGCGAGUUUCUCUUAGCAAAGCUGAUGAAUGCGGAAAUGGCGGCACUAAAGAGUGCCGAGUUUGCCAAGCUUGCUGAUCGCACGCGGACGUCGCUACUGAGGAAUCUUUACGAGGAGCUUCUCGAGAAAAACUCGCUCAUUUUCGGCGGCGCCACAAACAACGACGAGGCCGUGCCAAAGGGUAAGCUGCUGACCUCUCUUCGUAAGGCUAUUCGCGGGCGCAGCCCUAUCAACCGGACCUCGUCCAUGAGGGAAUCACGCACAUCGGAAGAGAAUGGAAACUCGUCGGACGAGAACAACAGCAAGACCGGGAAAAAGGGCAAAGAACGCAGAAAAUCAUCGCAGUCAUUCCUUUCUAAAAAGAAAAGUCCAAAGCUUACAAAGAGGGAAAGAAGUCUCAGCAAAAGCAUGGAGGCACUAAACUCCAAACUCGACCCGACACCUGAAGAUAAACGUUCCUCGACAUUCUUUAUCUCUGGGAGCCCCCCAAGGGAUAGGGUCUCCACAGGGUUACCAAGCCAAAGGCCCUUCACAAACACUUCUACCCUAACUAAAGAAGAACAUUCAGAGCGGACACUCUUCGCACGCUCCCAGUCAACAUCGGUUCUUAACACAUCGGAUAAUAGGAACGAGUUGCGAGGCGCAUCUGGUGGUCAGCGGUUACCAAACUCGUUGCCAAGGGCGCGGGAAUCCCGCGAAUCUCGGGAAGAAUUACCGGAGUAUGGCGUCACAUAUAUCGGUGGUUACUCAAAGCCGAUGAGUGACCGAGCGUCUCUGAUCAACAUCGGUAGUCCGGUGAGGAUCGUCAACUACGACAAGUCUCCGGGACUGGUCCGACGGAGUUCCGAACCUCAUGAGAUCAUCCGACCACAGCCCCAACGCGCGCAGCUGAUCAACCUUUUCCCGAAUGGGGACAUGUACGGGCCCCGACAGAUGCACCAGCUCUCGCAGCAAGUACAACACCAGCAGCAGGAGCUACAGCAACUCUACACGCAACGACACAAGCGUGACAACGAGCGUGACGGAUACAGCGCGUCACACCUACUUAGAAGUUCCGACUCGACCGCAAGUCGCUCGUCUUCCGAGGGUAACACUACCGCCGCUCACAGGACGCACCCCACCCCUAGUGGGGCGAUGUAUCGCACCCGCACAUCCCCAGAGGCGCAGCGCCCAUCACCCGACACUUCGCCAGUGCUCAUGCGCAGAUUGAAGAAGACCGCUGUCGUGUCGCCACUGCUCGAAGUGGUUGAAGGCAAUCGGCCCAGGCCCCGCUCUGUCCCGCCUGGGAUGCUUCUGUUUGAUCCGACGGAUCCCGAAUCUGAGGGGCUCUCACAGGUGUUGGAACGAAAUUCUUCAUCCGUCUGUAACGAGAAUUCUGAACAUAGCGGUAGUACCCAGUCCAUCAAUGAUCCCGAAACCACAGAUUCCUUAAUUAAGCAGAUCCAGACACUAACGAGUGACAACGUCAAGCUCAAAUGCGAGAAACUGGAGCUGGAACGGCAGAUUGUGCUUCUCCAGCGUGAAAAUAAGGCUUCAAAUGACCGCAACCAUCAAUACACCGCUGACUUGUACGAGGCGCGCUGUGAGAUUGCACGCCUGCGGUCACUACUGCCCAGCGAAAACGUACGACCCGAAGACGUCACAGGAACAAAAUAUCGACACACACGACUAUGACGUCACUCAAAGUCCCGUGACGUCACGCACUCCUUAACAAAGAUAUUGCGCCACCGCAUCGUCGCACAAGAAUAUGACGUCACGAUUUGUACUCUUGUACGUCAAGGAACGUUAUGACGUCAUGCACAAACAUCCUUGUUUAAAAUACGACGCAAGAGAACGCACGAGGCUAUGCGAUUCAACACCUACUUGAUGUAGGGAGUACCAGUUCAUGGGGUCUUACAUGGAGUACUACCCCAUACAAGAUUAAUCAUGGUCUCAGCCCAGUCUCUAUCGUUUAAUGUGCUAAAACCAAACCAAAGUCAAGGUGAAUUUCCUGUGUAGACACGGCCACUAAGCUCCCAUCAGCUUUUAUUGAAUGGUGUUUACCUUUUUGAAAGUGUAAUACCUUAUAUUGGGCUGGUGUUCCUUAUAAGAAGUUAUACCUUGUAUUACUGACUAAACAUGAUUUAGGCUGAUAUUGUAAAAAAGGAAAGUAAACAAGAAUGUUUAUUCCAUACAAUCAAAUACUUCUUUCUUCAUUAUGAUGAAUGUUUAAAUGUCCAAAUGUCAAAAGAAAAUUAUAGAAAUAUACAUGAUUUAAAACACCAUAGUUUGAAAACAAUAUUAUAUAUACAAUUAUCCUAUUGAAAAAUAAACGUCGAAUUCAGACUCAA